AUGUUUAAAAAAUUAACCCAGUCCAUAGUAAAUCAACUGGAUCCAAAAGGAGACCUGGUCCCAGUUUGCAGCAUCUUAGACCAUGAACACUUCAGACCACUCUGCCUAGUGAGAAGAAAAAGAAGAGCCAUAUUCCACUUGUCUCCCUGCUACAAACAGACCCAGUACAGACUUGCGGAUGUGCUGCUGCCAGGGGAAGGUGAUAAAAGCACAGAGUCCCUCUUACCCAGCCCAGGGGGUGAAGCUUCAAGGCAAUUUACAGUCACACAAAGUGUCACUAACAGCAUUGAUGGGAACCUUGGCCUUCAUGUUGAACCCACAAGAAUAGAGCUGAAAGGAGUCACCUCCUUGGCCAAAGAGUGGACCAUCAAGAUGGAGAAGAGACCUGUCCCAGUAGCCAAACUUGAGGUGCUUAAAGAAGAGAGAGAAAUAAAUGUGAACCACCCCUUCAUUCAACAACUGAAAAAAACACACCAGAAUUUAUAUGUGAUUCAUGAAACAAUAGAAGCCUCAGAGGAGACCAGCUACAAGGAAUCCACCCAGGCAGAGAGGAGCUUCAUGGCCCAGCUUUACGCCAAGCUUCGUAUGAAGGGCAGCAGAGUGAACAACCAAAGCAUAACAAUACCCAAGGGCUGCACCCUGGCCUUCAGGGCAAUCCCACUGGCCAUUAAAAAUGGAUCAUGGGACCUUCAAUAUUUCCCAGAAGCAACAAACAGAUCAUGCUUUGUCUCUGACGGUAUGUCACAAGGAAAACUGGGAGAACUGGAGGCAGAAGUUAAAAAGAAUUGUCAAAUUCUCUCCAAGUUGCCUUCUGAUCUGUCCAUCGUAUUUUUAGAAGCCAUCAAAGCUGUGAUGAGAGACAGGAACCUCUUUCAAGAGCUGUCCCAGAAAAUGGAAGCAGUUCUUGAUGAAGGUGGUUGCUGUGAGCUGAAAACAGACAGCCCAGGCUUAAAAGACUUGCUGAGCAGCUUUGAGAGUUCUCCAAGAAUCCACCUCCUCAGCUGGGCAGAAGCAAUCAGCUACACUCUGGAUGCCCUGGAUGAGCUCAUGGAGGAUCAGCUGCUGCUCUUGCUGGAGUCCUUGGAAGAGAAGAUUGUGCCCAAACAGCUUAAGCUGGUCAAGAGCAUCUUGGAACAGGACCAGUACAGAAAGGGGCCUUCCAGCAUAGACCACAACUUGGUCUCCUUCACACAAGAGAAGGAAGAAGAAUUAACUAUUGCAAUAGUUGAGAUGAGUGGAGUGAAGCUCCAGAAAGAUGGAUCUGUCACCUGUGGGGAAGAAGCUUUUUCAGCUGUAGCAGCUCUGUACGUGUCCCUCUAUGUCCUCAAUCUCCUGAGUAACCAAGACUAG